CCAGUCCUGGGGUGCAGGGAGGUGGGAGGAGAGGGUGCCCCUACAAAUCCUAGGGGCUGAAUUGGGUCACGGCAUCUUUGGGUGCUGGAGUGCAGACCUGGAGCAGAGGAGUCCCUGAGACUAGCGACCAUGUACUAGGCACUGUUAGGAGCUGGGGAGAACUGGAGAGUCACGCUGGAAUGGUGCUGGCGCUUCACAAAGGCCUUUCAACAUCCCUGAUUUCAUCUCAUCCCUGAAAAGCUGCUGAGAAGAGAUGAGGACCGACCAGCAGGCUGAGGCCCGGUCCUACCUCAGCGAGGAGAUGAUCGCUGAGUUCAAGGCUGCCUUUGACAUGUUUGAUGCUGAUGGUGGCGGAGACAUCAGCGUCAAGGAGUUGGGCACCGUGAUGAGGAUGCUGGGCCAGACACCCACCAAAGAGGAGCUGGACGCCAUCAUUGAGGAGGUGGAUGAAGAUGGCAGCGGCACUAUCGACUUUGAGGAGUUCUUGGUCAUGAUGGUGCGCCAGAUGAAAGAGGACGCCAAAGGGAAGACCGAGGAGGAGCUGGCCGAGUGUUUCCGCAUCUUUGACAGGAACGCGGACGGCUACAUCGACGCGGAGGAACUGGCUGAGAUUUUCAGGGCCUCUGGGGAGCACGUGACAGAGGAGGAGCUCGAUUCCCUGAUGAAAGACGGUGACAAGAACAACGACGGCCGCAUCGACUUCGACGAGUUCCUGAAGAUGAUGGAGGGCGUGCAGUAAGAAGCCGGCCCUCGCCUGCUACGAGACCGCGCGUCCCUUGGGCGCAGAGGGCGCCACCCCCACCGGCACUCAUUCCCCGUCCCAGGACAAAGCGCGGUCCCUUUGGGAUCUGUGUCCGGAAGAAAUAAAAGCAAACACUGCAAA